AUAUGCUACAACCAAUUUCGUUCUUUUCCAGGAAGAAGCAGGGUGAGGACAUCCUCAUUACAAAGAUCAAGGACAUUGAGGAGAAUAUCUGGUCACCACGAUUUGGUGUAAAAGGGAAGAUAGACUUGACAGUGGAAGUCAAGAAAAAAUCCCGACCAGGCUUAGGAGAAAAAUCGAUAAUUCCACUUGAGCUGAAAACAGGGCGUCCAUCAUUCUCACUAGAGCACAAGGGACAGGUAACACUGUACAGUAUGAUGAGCUCUGAUCGGCGCACUGACCCCAAGCAAGGGCUUCUGUUAUACCUCAAGGAGCCUAGCAUGAAACUCAUCCCUGCAGACCAACUCAGUCAGAGAGGUCUGAUACAGCUUCGGAACGAGAUGGCCUAUUUCCUGGACCAGCAGGUUAAAAGGUCAACAGAAGAUGGCAGCACCGUGUACAGUUUUGGCCGCCUACCUGACCCCAUCAACAACUCAAGGACAUGCCCUAAGUGUCCCCAUCUUCUCCACUGUGCAGCAUUUCAGAAGGUGGAGGAACGCAGUUUACCAUCCAGUCAUGCCAUGUCAUCCCUCGUCCCUGAUGCACUGGCUCACCUUUCUCCCUCUCACAUGGAUUACUUCACACGCUGGUGUCUCAUGCUGGACCUGGAAUCUCAGACCAACAUACAGUCGGGCCUGAGAAAGAUCUGGUGUAGGACUGGACCACAGAGGGAAUCUGUAGGAGAAUGUAUAUGCCGACUGAAUCUGCUGACAGACGAAAACAUGGCUACCAAGUCUUCCUCAAUUGUUCAAAACUCCAACACAGAUGAUGAAAUGAGUUGUCUCACGUUUACAAGAAAUUGGUCAAAAAACAGAAACCUCCCCAGGGACCUGAGAACUGUGGGGCUGAUAUCCGGGGACUAUGUCAUUGUAAGCUCUGAGGAACCCAGUAUGAUUGCUGUCUGUAUGGGAACGCUGCAAAACCUUACUGCAGAAUCCGUGGAACUGGUUACAGAAAGUGAAAGUCUCCCACGACUGAAACAGAUCAGAGGAACAUUCCGCCUGGACAAGUAUGAUGGUUACAGUACCUCGUCGAUCCUGUACUCUAGUCUGUCCCGUCUCAUGGCUGACACUCCGCGAAGUGCAAGAUUGCGUUCUUUGAUAAUAGACAGAUCUAAAUCAGAAUAUCUACCUAAACUUUCCAAGUCAGACAUUGAAAGUG